GGGGAUUUUUGGGGCACGUACCGGCCUCACGUCUACUUCGGGAUGAAGACGCGGAGCCCGCGAUCUGUCGUGACCGGACUGAUGUGGCUCCAACACGGCGGCAACUUGCGGCACACGAGCGAUCAGAACGACGGCGUGUCGCGAUACGGGUGGCUGAUGCACGACGGGGAGAAUUUCGGAGUGCAGGAGAUCCGCGAUGAGGGGCUGGUGUUGAGAACCGAGUUCGUGAAGCAGCCGGGGGGAGACCACGGUGGCGAUUGGAGCUGGCGGGUCACAGUGAAGAUGGAGGGCAAGGGCCCGGCCCCUCUCGUGUCCCUCUUCUUCUACGUGGCCACAGACGGGCAGGGGACGCUGCGGCCGGUGCUGGAGAACGGGACACGGCUGGCGGCCGUGGCAGGGACGGCGGAGGAGCUCGGGGACUUCACCCUCACCUUCCUGCCCCCCACGGGGGAGGGCGGGGAGGGACACAAGUAUGCCAGUUACAACUUCCUGGCCGCGGGGGUGCCGGGGCUGCACCGUCUCACCAACCUGGUCCGACAGAGCCUGCGUGAGAGCUCCGUGUUCUCCCCACCGGGCCGACCCCGCCGCCGCUAUUUCGGGGGGGCGGACUCCCCGCGGCUGCCGGCGCUGCUGGGCUCCAUGCGCGAUGAGAAGCAGCUCUGGACGCCCUUCGGGCUGCGCUCGCUGGCCCGCGACAGCCCCUGGUACCUGCGCCGCAACACCGAGCACGACCCCCCGUACUGGCGCGGCUCCGUCUGGGUCAACAUCAACUUCCUGGCGCUGCGGGCGCUGCACGGCUACGCGCGGGCGGCGGGGCCGCACCGGGAGCGCGCGGCCCAGCUCUACCGGGAGCUGCGCCACAACCUGGCGGCCAACGUGUUCCGGCAGUACGAGGCCACCGGCUUCCUGUGGGAGCACUACCGGGACAGCGAUGGCACCGGGCAGGGCUGUCACCCCUUUGCCGGCUGGUCCGCGCUCGUCGUGCUGGCCAUGGCUGAGGACUAUUAAUGUGGAGGGUCCCUGUGCCCCCUGCCUGCCUGGAGUGCUCAGGGCCAGGGGAGGUGUUGGGGGGCUGUGUCAGAGCCCCCCCUGCCUCCCCUGCAAUAAACCUCCACGACUGUGGCCUCUCGCCACCCAUGUCGGUGUCACAGUGUUGCUGUGAUGCCCCCUGUGCCAUGGGGGGGAUGUUUUGCCCCCUC